AUGCAUGCAUCGGGGUGUAUAGGCACCUCUGGGGUGUAUAGGCAGGUUGCAGCAGCAGGGGUUAGGGUCGAAGGCAGCACGGCAACGCAGCAGCAGCAGCAGCAGCAGCAGCAGCAGCAACAACAGCAGCAACAGCAGCAGCAGAAACAACAGCAACAACAACAGCAGCAACAACAAUCACAGCAGCAGCAACAACAGCACCAACAGCAGCAGCAGCAGCAGCAGCAGCACCAACACCAACAGCAGCAGCAUCAACGACAGCAGCAGCAGCAGCAGCAGCAGCAGCAGCAGCAGCAGCAGCAAUUUGACCUGUGA